AUGCUCAUUGAAGUUAUUCGUGAAUUUGUAAUAAAAGCAAGGAAUCUGUGGUGUGGCAGUUCCCGCCAUAUUUGGCGUCAAUGUCCGUAUCGUAACUACAAAUGUGAUAUUUGUGGCAAAAUUGGACAUUUAAAACGGGUGUGCUCGCUCGGUGAGAGACAUCAAAAUAAAAGUAACAACAGGCGCGUGUGGACCUCGAGUACGGGAUCAACUGGCAUUCGCGGUUCAGCGCACGGCAGAGGCACUGGCUCCGGCGUGCGGCACUGGCAAGGCUCCGUGCGUCAUGAGCGCGCCCACCACGUAGCUGAGGGGGAGGAGGAGCCCUCCGCACCGGCAUCGGCAAGCGAAGGCGAAGAAAACGAGGGUAGUAAAACAGGAGCGACAAAGGAUGAGCACGGCAGACUCUCAAGUGACCGAAGUGAA